AUGUCAAGUAAAAAGAAACAAGAGACUCGUUUUAGUCUUGAUUCGCCUGUUAUGAGAGUUAUUAAAGAGCCAAUCUCAGUUUCAAGUCGAACUAGACCUCAAGCAGAGAAACCAGUAGUAAAACCAGAAAAACCUCCACCUAUUAUUCGGAAUUUUUUACCAUAUAUACCACCAGAUGUACUUAUGUUUGCUUUGUUCAGUGCUAUUCAACGUAAAGCAUGGCCACGAGCAAGAAAACUAUGUUAUGAACUUAUGUUAUGUGAUCCAUUAAUAAAAACUUAUCGUGAUCUUUAUUAUCGAAUUGAUCAUAUUAUCAAACUUAUUGAUCAACGUAUUCGUCCAAAACAUAUGGCUAGUAAAGCAGCUACUAUUGCAAGUAGACCAGCAAGUGGAAGUAGUAGCAGUAGUAGUGACCAUGGAAAAUAA